UGUAAAAGGUUAAGUACUGGAAGAAGAAGGCUAAAUGUAUUGUCUUUUAUAUAUUUCGAAUCUCAGAAGACAAGUUCUAGAAUCAGGAUUACUUAAAACUGCUGCGAGCCAACCAAGUAAAUGCUAUUUGAUGACGAAACCAUUCAACAUUACAAAAUACAAGCCUCCCAGAACCGACCUGGCUGAUGUAGAUCAGAUGGUGACUGCCUAGUAGCCUCCCCAGUCCUGGGUCCAUGAUGUAUGCACCACUUGAAUUUUCAGAACCUGAUUAUCCACGAGUUGAAUAUCAAAGAAGACAGCAGUUUUGGGACCCCAUUCGGCUAAUUCUUUUCACAUUGGCAAUUAUAGCAAUCAUAGGAAUUACGAUUGGUAUUGUCACUCACUUUGUUGUUGAGGAUGAAAGGUCAUUCUACUACCUUGCAUCUUAUAAAGUUACCAAUAUAAAGUACAAUGACAACUAUGGAAUGAGGACAUCAAGAGAGUUUACAGAAAGAAGUCAUCAGAUUGAAAGAAUGAUGUCUCGGAUAUUUCGACAUGGUUCUUCUGGAGGGGGUCGGUUUAUCAAAUCUCAUGUUAUUAGAAUAAGUCCAGAUGAACACGGUGUGGGUGUAAAUGUCCUUGUGGUGCUCAUGUUUCGAUACUCAGCUACUAACAGUGCUGAGCGAAUCAAGAAAAAAAUUGAAAGGACUUUAUAUCAAAGUCUAAAGACAAAGCAUCUGCCAUUGACUAUAAGUAGACCAUCAUUUACAGUCACACCAAUUGACAGCAAGAAGAUGAGGAAUCUUCUUAAUAGUCGCUGUGGAAUAAGGAUGACUUCUUCCAACAUGCCAUUACCGGCAUCAUCUUCUACUGAAAGGAUUGUGCAAGGAAGGCAAACAGCCAUGGAAGGAGAGUGGCCUUGGCAGGCCAGCCUCCAGCUCAUAGGGUCGGGCCAUCAGUGUGGAGCCAGUCUCAUCAGCAACACUUGGCUGCUCACAGCAGCUCACUGCUUCCGCAAAAACAAAGACCCAAGUCAAUGGAUUGUUACUUUUGGUGUAACUAUAACACCACCUUCAGUACAACGUCGUGUGGGGAAAAUUAUCCUUCAUGAAAAUUACCAUAAAGAAACAAAUGAGAAUGAUAUUGCUCUGGCCCAGAUGUCUACACGAGUUGAGUUUUCAAACAUAGUCCAGAGAGUCUGCCUUCCAGACUCAUCUAUAAAACUACCACCCAAAACAAGUGUAUUCGUCACUGGAUUUGGGUCUGUUGUAGACGAUGGACCUACACAAAAUAAACUUCGGCAAGCCAGAGUGGAAACCAUAAGCACUGAUGUCUGUAACAGGAAGGAUGUGUAUGAUGGUCUGAUAACUUCAGGCAUGUUAUGCGCUGGGUUCAUGGAAGGAAAAGUGGAUGCCUGUAAGGGUGACUCUGGGGGACCUCUGGUUUAUGAUAAUCGUGACAUCUGGUACCUUGUUGGUAUAGUCAGCUGGGGACAAUCAUGUGCUCUUCCAAAAAAGCCUGGUGUCUACACAAGAGUGACUCAGUAUAGAGCUUGGAUUGCAUCAAAGACUGGUAUCUAGAGUAAAUAAUCCAUGAAUUAUGUCCAUGGAAUGUUGACUUAUAAUGCUUGAAUUUUAGAUAUUAUUUAUAUUUAUAUGAUUUGAGUCUGUGAUUUUUGUUGAAUGUCUAGAAAUCCUUCAGAUUCAGAUGAAGUUCUCAUGAGUUGUUGGCUUUUGUGUAUGUGGGAGUGAACUCUCUACACUGAGGGAUGAAGACACAACAGACAAUACUAACACAAGCCCCUUACUCACAAAGUAAACUGUGAUACUUAUGAAUAAGAUGGAAUUUAUAAGUGGCUUUCCCCUUUGGAAAUGGACAGAACAUCAUUUUCAACAGACAAUGAAGAAUUGUCAUGGCUGCCAAAACUUACCUCAGAUGGUACCUGGAACACCUGUUCUAGCAAGAAGACAGCAAUCUUCCCUGAAGAUUCAGAACUUCACAUUUCUAAGGCUCAUGACCAGAAAUGCAAUUGCUGGAAUAGAGACGCAUAGGAUUUACAACAGAACCCCAAUUCUAACCUGGGUUUAUAAAUAAUAUCACAAGAGAAUUAUCAUUAACAAGUGUUGACACUUAAAAGAUAUUUAAGUGUACUUGAAGUUGCUAUUAACAUUGUUAUAUACAUAAACAACAGCUUCAAGAUUUAUGAUGUAUUAUUAAGAAGAAUUUCUAAUUUAUUCUUCAAUGGCAUUUAGUUAUCUACACAACAACUGGAGUUCAGACAGAA